AUGCCAGACGUUGCUGUGGAGGACGCCUCUUUACCCGAUUCUCCUACUGUCCAGGAAGAGUACCUUACUUAUGUUUUUCCAGGUGGACCGACUAAUCCAUUAAUACUGCGGAGUUUCAAUAGUCAUGUCGCUGCAGCUGUUUGGCACGAGGAGUUAGCUCGUUGCACUUAUCGGUUCGUUAACAAGCUUCUAAUCUCCAGUUUUGUUGAGAGAUGGCAAUCUGAGAUGAAUACAUUUCACAUGACAGUUGGUGAGAUGACCUUGACUUUGGAUGAUGUUGGCACUAUUCUUAGCCUUCCCAUUGUAGGCAGAUCAGUGAGCGUACCGGAUGUGACGGAUCAUCAUGGAGUUACACUACUAGUUUCUGGCUUAGGGAUUACUGAACGUGUAGCACAUGAAGAGGUUUCUACUGCUGGUGGCAAUUCAGUCAGGCUUGAUGACAAGAGUAGCGGCAGGGUUCCUGUUGUUUACCUUAGCUUAUUGAUGGAUUUGGGAUCCAUUCAUACUUACGCCUGGGGUGCUGCUACAUUAGCAUUUUUAUACAGACAGUUGAGGUAUGCUAGCCGGUCCGGAUUUAAGCAGAUGAGUGAUUAUAUGACUCUUUUGGAGGCGUGGAUUUAUGAGCACUUCCGAGCAUUCCGACCUCACCAGAACAUGGGCUACAAUGAAGACAUGCCACACGUGUACCAUUGGGCAUCUAUGAGAGAGGCGGGUUCCUCCAUUGAUCAUUUGAAAUCUUUUCAAGCAGAGCUGGACAGUUUGGUAGCGACUGAUGUUAUUUGGGAUCUAUACCACAGCUGCAGAGACCGGCAUCCAUGUAACCCGGUUACGUUCUACCAUGGAUGCUUAAAGUACUUAGACGUGGUCGAACCCUAUUAUCCAGAUAGAGUUCUGAGGCAGUUUGGCAGGGUUCAAACCAUCCUAGAUGCACCGCUAGCUCCCAGUCGUGGUGCUCGAGGCAACAUAUCUGCACGAUAUACAGUCAUGUAUAGAUACUUGGAUAAGAUCUGGGAGGCUUGGGAUAACCACGUGUUAUCUGAACAGCGGAGGAGCACACCAGUUCGUCAGCCUUGGGAAUGUGUACCAGGUUACAUGGAUUGGUAUAAGAAUAUCACGUACCUAUAUGUUGAGCACACUGAUGAAUCGUGUGUCCAUGACCAUCAGGAUUUCAGCCAACAUGCCGAUAUUGCAUAUCCCGUUGUUGAGGCUGGUUAUGAGGAGGGGAUUCGACAUCCUCAUCGACUUUACCAGGCUAUCGAGACUAUGACGCAUGUCCUUGAAGGUCAGCACAUUAACGAAGCUGGACCUAGUUAUACUGGAGGCCGUUUUUCAUCUCCGACAUUGACAUACAGUCGUAGGCCUAGGCGUAGGCAUACAGCUGAUUCGUGA